AUGCAAUGUAAUGAUCGGCGGUUCGUGUCCCGACAUCGGCCGCGAUCGCGUGGUGCCACCGCCGCUGUCGGCCGGCGAUCCGACCGUAAACGUCUCACCCACACGCCGCGGGCGCCCGCUUUCCUCUCGCCUCGCUACACAUCUACCCCUACUGCCUACAUGUUGUACACUGCAACUAACCACCCGAUUGUGACACCCGGUCUUGCAUCCGCGGCCCUCGCGCUGCGAGCGAACGCCGACCGGAGCGCGGGGCGCGGCGGCUCAACUAACACCGGCUGCUCGCCAAUCCCACACUAUUCCAUAGUUUAUCAAAACCGGAGCCCCGACCGCGACUCCUUUCCACCCCUCGGGCGUCCGUUU